CAUAUAGUUAAUUCAUGGUUGAAGACUAGACACAAGUGUUGUGUAAUCAACCAAUUUUCCUAUAAUUAGCACAUAAUUAAACAACACAAUAACAUUUCUCAAAUCCUACGUUGACUAUUUCAUCUUUCCCUCUAAUACCCUUUUCUCUCAAAAUUUCCAAAAUCUUUGUGAUUUUUUUGUUACCAAAAAAUUCAUUUGGUUUAACACAGUUUGAUACAAUAAUUGUUUUUCAUUGAUGUCAUCAGAAAAUGAAUCAUCAAAAUGGAUUCUUGAGAGCAUUGAGAUUGUUCCUAUUGUGGAUAUUCCACAAAAGGAUGAAAUAAAAGUUUCUAACAAUGAAGCUUUUUUGAAUAGUAAUAAUAAUAAUGACAGCAAAGUGAGGAAUAGGAACAAUAAUAUUAAUAAUGGUAGCAAAAUGUUGAGGACGGAAUCAGGUGCUGCAAGAGGGCUUAAGGGUUUACGGUUUCUUGAUAGAACGGUUACAGGGAAAGAAGGUGAUGCAUGGAGGUCUAUUGAGAAACGUUUUAAUCAAAAUGCUCUUGAUGGAAAGUUAUCAAAAGACAAAUUUGGAGCAUGCAUUGGUAUGGGAGCAGAUUCAAAGGAUUUUGCUGGUGAACUUUAUGAGGCAUUGGCAAGGAGAAGGAAUAUAUGUGCAAAAAGUGGAAUAACUUUGAAUGAAGUUAGAGUUUUUUGGGAGGAUAUGACUACUAAAGAUCUUGAAUCAAGACUUCAAGUGUUCUUUGACAUGUGUGACAAGAAUGGAGAUGGUAGGUUAUCAGAAGAGGAGGUUAAGGAGGUUAUAGUGUUGAGUGCUUCUGCAAAUAAAUUGGGAAAUCUCAAACAGCAUGCUGCUGGAUAUGCAUCUUUGAUCAUGGAAGAGCUUGAUCCUGAUCAUAAUGGAUAUAUAGAGAUGUGGCAGCUUGAAACUCUACUGAAGGAAAUGGUUAGUGCUGAAGAUGGCACUGCAAAACUUAGUAAUAAAUCCCAAAAUUUAACUAGAGCUAUGAUUCCAUGCAACUAUAGAACUCCAAUUAGAAAAUUCCUCUCAACAACCUCAGAAUUUAUAUAUGAUAAAUGGAAAAAAAUAUGGAUAAUCAAACUUUGGCUAGUCAUAAACUUGGUGCUUUUCAUUUGGAAGUUUCUCCAAUACAAAGAAAAAGCAGCGUAUCAAGUAAUGGGUUCAUGUCUCUGCUUUGCAAAAGGUGCUGCUGAGACUCUCAAGUUCAACAUGGCUCUCAUAGUCCUAACAAUGUGUAGAAGAACACUCACAAAGCUUAGAGGAACAUUUCUUAGUCAAAUAAUCCCUUUUGAUGAUAACAUAAACUUUCACAAGAUCAUUGCAGUUGGUGUAGUUAUAGGGACUUUAAUCCAUGUUGGAGUCCAUGUGACAUGUGAUUUUCCAAGAAUAAUAGCUUGUCCAAAUGAGAAAUUCAUGAAAAUACUCGGGCCAGGUUUCGAUUAUAAGCAUCCUAAUUACAUGAACCUUGUUGAAAGUAUUCCUGGUAUAACUGGAAUUUUUAUGGUCUUGAUUAUGGCUUUUACCUUCACUCUUGCAACACAUCACUUCAGAAAAAGUGUUGUUAAGUUGCCUUCGCCGUUGCAUGGUUUGGCUGGCUUUAAUUCCUUUUGGUAUGCUCAUCAUUUGCUUAUUCUGGUUUACAUACUCUUGAUCAUACAUGGCUACUUUCUAUUUCUCAACAAGGAAUGGAAAAAAAAGACGACUUGGAUGUACCUUGUAGUUCCAUUAGUACUCUACGCAUUCGAGAGAAUUCAUCCAUUUUUUAAGGGUAAAGAUCACCGCGUAAGUGUCAUCAAGGCAAUAAUAUACACAGGAAAUGUUCUAGCACUAUACAUGACAAAGCCAUCAGGAUUUAAGUAUAAAAGUGGAAUGUAUCUUUUUGUCAAGUGUCCAGAUAUAUCUAGUUUUGAAUGGCAUCCUUUUUCCAUCACCUCUGCACCUGGAGAUGAAUAUUUGAGUGUUCAUAUAAGAACAUUGGGAGAUUGGACUACAGAACUUAGAAACACAUUUGCAAAGGCUUGUGAGCCUCAAAGUGCACAACCAAGGGGAACCCUUAUGAGGAUGGAAACUAGAGCAAAUGCAAGCUUUGAUCAUUCAAGACCAAGAUAUCCAAAGAUCCUGAUCAAAGGACCCUAUGGAGCACCAGCACAAAGCUAUAAGCAUUAUGACGUCCUCUUGCUUAUAGGUCUAGGAAUUGGUGCCACACCAAUGAUUAGUAUUUUGAAAGAUAUCUUGAACCAUAUGAAGAAGGGAAGUCCUCCACAACAGGCAAGUUUUGAGAAGGACUCAUUCAAUAGCAAUCGCUCAGAUGAAGAUAAGAAAGGUCCUGAAAGAGCAUACUUUUAUUGGGUAACAAGGGAGCAAGCUUCAUUUGAAUGGUUCAAAGGUGUCAUGGAUGAUAUUGCAGAAUAUGACCGUGAUGGUGUCAUAGAAAUGCACAACUAUUUGACUAGUGUCUAUGAGGAAGGAGAUGCAAGGUCUGCACUUAUUGCCAUGGUUCAGAAGCUACAACAUGCAAAAAAUGGAGUUGAUGUAGUUUCAGAAAGCAGGAUAAGAACUCAUUUUGCAAGACCAAAUUGGAAAAAAGUCUUCUCUGAUUUAGCUACAACACAUCAAAGUUCACGUAUAGGUGUAUUUUACUGUGGAAGUCCUACUCUUACAAAAACAUUGAAGGAUCUUUGUCAAGAUUUCAGCCUAAAUUCAUCUACACGCUUUCAGUUUCACAAAGAGAAUUUCUAAAGGAGCAUUGCACAUGGCAUCGGUCCAAAAUUAUAUGUUGUUAUCCUACUUCAACAAGCAACAUAAGACUGUAGAAUAUUUUUUUAUACACAUAGUUUAGUGAAUUUGGAUAACUUUUUUUAUAAGUGUGUAUGUAGCAAGAUUUCUUAGAAUUUGUAAUUUUGUAUUGGUUUGUGUAGAUUUUCAUAGAGCUGUUCAUCAUCCUUUAUCUUCCACCUUUGUUUUCAUCCCUUCUCGUAUUUAUUCUACUAUACUACCUUAGUCACAUUUGUUGAAGAAAUCAUUGUCAUGUGUAACUCAAGAAGCCGAGGUCAUUCACUCAUGAUGGAGAUAUGUUCAAACUAAUUGCUGAUAAUUACCCAGAUUAGGGUCUUCUUAAUCCAAAGACAAUUUCUAUGAUUCGAAAAUAUAUCCAUAGAAACCUGUUAGACAGUUGGUGAAGUAGGAGUACUCAUACGGUCAAAACAUGAUCAAACAUAUAAAUACCUUCAAAGGUAUUGUAAAUCAAUGGACGAAAAUUGAAAUGGAGAUAUAUGCAAGUUGCAAA